GGUGCCCAAGGCCGUGGAUGGGCCCUAAGCAAACUGAGCUGGGGGGGUUUGGGGUCCCUCCCAACCCAAGCCGCAGCAGUAGAGGCUCAGUCAUGCUGGAGAUCUGAAACAACCGUGAUUCCGUGGCGAUUCAGCGUCCUGCAGACACAUGGGAAGUGCUGCCUGUCUUUACCACUGCUGUCCCAUCGGAGCUCACGCUCUGCUGCUCAGCACCCGUUGUUCUUACAAUCUUCCCCUUCUCUCCAGGCUCGCAUGGAGGUGGAUGCUGAUGGAAAUGGUGCUAAAAUAUUUGCUUACGCUUUUGACAAAAACCGUGGAAGGGGAUCUGGUCGCCUGCUGCAUGAGCUGCUCUGGGAGAGGCACCGUGGGGGGAUCGCUCCGGGAUUUCAGGUGGUACAUCUGAAUUCAGUGACCGUGGACAACCGCCUCGACAAUCUGCGCCUCGUCCCGUGGGGGUGGAAACCCAAAGCUGAAGAUCUCUCCAGUAAACAAAGGGAACAAAGUCUGUAUUGGCUGGCAAUCCAGCAGCUCCCUACAGACCCUAUAGAAGAGCAGUUUCCUGUGCUGAAUGUAACACGAUACUACAACGCUAACGGGGAUGUUGUGGAGGAGGAAGAGAACUCAUGCACAUACUAUGAAUGUCACUACCCCCCAUGCACAAUGAUUGAAAAACAGCUACGUGAAUUCAACAUCUGUGGCCGCUGCCAGGUGGCCAGGUACUGCGGGUCGCAGUGCCAGCAGAAGGACUGGCCUGCGCACAAGAAGCACUGUCGGGAGAAGAAAAGGACCUUCCAGCAGGAGCUCGGACCCGAGCGAUGACCGGGCGGCACAGGCCUCUCAGCAGCAGGAUUCCUUCUCAAAGGCAUUGGACUCUUGCUUUUGCACAGUAAUGACAGACUGCUUAUUGAAGCCAGAGGCACUGAAGAAGAAAAACCCUGUGAUGCUUGAGCAGAACAGCUGACUGGACGAAGCCGGCUCUGACUGGUGCUGUGGAAAGGGAUCGGGUCUACCCUUCCAGUAUUAUAUUCUCAAGCAAAAAGACUACUGUGGAGGCUCCAGGCAGGAAGCUUCUCAUUAUUUAUAUGUUAAUACGUUUGUAAACUCAUGUACAGUUUUUGUUAGAAAUUCUUGAUAGGACUCAUUACCUGUAAUGUGCAGAUGAGAACACAUUGUUGGCCUCAAAGUUUAA